AUGUCUGCUCGCGACGACGCCUCGACAGGCACCGGGCCCUCCAACCUCGAAUCCCAGAGCUCGACCGGCCUGCCCCCGACCUUUGCCGCCUUCUCCCCCGUCACCCUCUCCGCCAACACGCCCUCGCGAUCCGCCCGCCGCUCGACCAUCCUCGUCCAUCAGAAGAGCCCGCUCCUGCUCGCCACGCCGCCGCAGGUCACCCGCGCCCUCGCCUACAGUCAUCCCUUCUUGCUGCCGCUCAACAAGUUCGUCGGCUUGUUGACAUGGAGUACCGGCGAUCCCUGGCAGAGCUUCCUCCUGCUCUCUGCCUUCUGGGCAGUCUGCCUGUACGGUGACAUCCUCGUCAAGCGCGCGGGGCCCAUCGUUGUCGGCGUCGCCCUCAUCGUCGGCAUGUACGGCAGGAGAUAUAGUCCCCUCAGCACCAGCGGCUGGAACGAGCCGGCGCGCGAGCUCAAGGAUGCGGGCAAGUCCCAGGGGGGCUCGUCUGGCAGCUCAGGCCAGCAAAAGAAUGGCCAGUCUGGCGCGGGACAACGGUCCAAGCACACGAGGGCCCAGUCCGAGGUCACCAACACGAAACAUCAAAAGACACUCGACGAAAUCGUGGAGACCCUCAAGGAGUUUACCAGCCGUUGCAACGUUCUCAUGGAGCCGCUGAUCGAGAUGACGGACUUUUUGAGCACCCAGCGCACGCCCACCAGCGCCACCACCAAACCUGCGCUGACGGCCAUGUUCCUUCGACUUCUCAUCGUCACACCCUUUUGGCUUGUGUUGACAAUGCCUCCUCUGAGAGUCAUCACCACAAGGCGCGUGGUCCUGGUUGCCGGAACGCUGGCCCUGACAUGGCACGCGCGGGUGAUGCGGGUGGCGAGGACCAUUAUCUGGAGGAGCGCUAUGGUUCGGCGUGUGGCCUCGGCCAUCACUGGUCUGCGCUUCGAUGGCCCGGCUAAAGCGAAGAAGUCGGCCAGGUUUCAGGCUGAGAUUGCCCGGGCGAAGAACAAUCCGGGCAUCAAGGUCAACGGGCGAGAGACGAGGAGCUCCGGGGUCAAAUUUACGUUUAUUAUAUACGAGAACCAGCGCCGGUGGAUUGGCCUCGGCUGGACCUCGAGCUUGUUCGCGUAUGAGCGACCCGCUUGGACCGACGAGCACAACAACACCGUCCCCCAAAAGGACGAAUUUGACCUGCCAGACGUAGAGGACGGCAGCAACAUGAGGUGGCAAUGGGUCGAAGACAGCAGAUGGAGGGUCGACGGCGUGCCGGACGAGCAGGGCCCCGUCGACUAUGACAGCGACGAGGGCAAGAAUGGUUGGAUAUAUUAUGAUAAUAAGUGGCAAAAUGGCCGCAGAGGCGUUGAUGGCUGGGGCAAAUGGACACGCCGACGGAAGUGGUACCGCGACGCCGAGCUUGUGGAGGUGGAUGAGACCGAAGCUCAGCAGCCAGCACCAGCGACUGCCGAGAACGGAUCCACGACUCAGAGCUACAGCACUGCGGAAGAAAAGAUGGUGCCGACGCGCGCCGAACCGUCAUUGCCUGGACCAGAGUCAACCAUUGCCGAUGACGCCAGUGCAAAGACUCUGGACGACUCGGCGUCUGUACAUUCGACGUCUUCCAGGUCGUCUUUCUGGCCGUCUCUGAGGAGACGUAACCCGGCCGAAGCCAAAGGGCGGUCCUCGGUAGAGAAAGAGAGGUCAAGAAGGCUGAGCGAGGUGACGAGCGAGCCGUCAAACGAGGAGGAAUCACAUGGGCUCGGGCGGGAACUGGAGAUGGAACUGCAGAAGCAGGGCAAGGAUGGGGGGCAGUGGGGGAUAGGGGACGAGGCGAGAAUGAACCUCGAAUGA